GUACAGCAGACAGAGGAGGGGAGGCAAAACCCCGGGUCCUCCUCUCCUGCCAGCUGCAAGACGGCACCACCGGAGCCAGGCAGGCAGAGGAGCGGCGUGGGUUCCCCAUUCGGUAUUUUCGGCAGCUAAGAGCACCGGAGGAGAUUGUUUGAAAUAAAGGGUGCCGUGCCGCCGCCGGGGCCGGGAGCUGGCAGAGGCUGCCCCAAACAGAGGGAGCGGUGGGAAGCCGGGCAGGAGGAGGAUGUCGGCGCUCAGCGCGUUGCCUUUCCUGAAGCCCGUUCACCUGAGGUCCCCCCGAAGCUCGCUCGGGGGCCAGCGCCGCCACACGCUGCCCGCCAGUGAGUUUCGCUGCCUCAGCCCCGAGGAUGCCAUCAGCGUGUUUGAGAUCGAGCGGGAAGCCUUUAUAUCUGUCUCCGGGGACUGUCCCCUCCACCUGGACGAGAUCCGUCACUUUCUGAACCUGUGCCCGGAGCUCUCCCUUGGCUGGUUUGAGGAAGGGCGGCUCGUGGCAUUCAUCAUCGGCUCCCUCUGGGACCAGGAGAGGCUCAGCCAGGAGGCGUUGACCCUGCACAAGCCGCAGGGCACGGCGGUGCACAUCCACGUGCUGGCCGUGCAUCGCACCUUCCGGCAGCAGGGCAAGGGCUCCAUCCUUAUGUGGCGGUACCUGCAGUACCUGCGGUGCCUGCCCUUUGCCCGGCGUGCCCUGCUCAUGUGCGAAGAUUUCCUCGUGCCCUUCUACCAGAAGUGCGGUUUCGAGGCGCUGGGUCCCUGCGAGGUGACGGUGAGGGAGCUGGCCUUCAUCGAGAUGCAGCAUCCUGUGCGGGGACAUGCCUUCAUGCGCAGGAACAGCGGCUGCUGAGCCCCCUCCAGUCCAGCCCUGCCGGGGGGAGGCUGGAGAGAGGCUGCGGGGGGGUGGAUAAGAGGCUGUGACCCCUCUCCAUCCCCACCACAGCUAUACACCUCCCCCAGCCGGCCCUGGCUACAGCUAUUCCCUCUACCACGUCUGCCUUCCAGCCAGGAGAUCAGCCUGGUCCCAUCCCAGCCCCGCAGGGCUGGGGACAGAAAUCUCCCACCUGGCCCCACUGGAAGCACCGAUCCCCCCAGUCUCCACUUUAACCGGGGCUGUGCCGGCAAGCCUGGGUGGGCUGCAGGGCUGUGUGCCCCUCCAGGGGUGGAAAGGAGCAGCUGGGGGGGGUGUCUCUGCUGAUUUAAGGGCACUCACGGCCACAUUUUGCUGAGACACCCAGCAGAGCCCGUACGUACGUGUGCCCCCAGCCCUGCACCCCCUCCCACCACCAACGCCACGAGUGAAGCGCACCACGGCCAAGCCCUCCCCGAGCAGCCCCCAGACCAGGCAGGACCCCCAGCAGCCGCCCCCCUGCCCGCAGACAUCUUUCCAGACUCCUUGGAGCACACCCCCAGCCCCCAGCCCCACACUGCAGAGCCUCCCUGGGGUCCAGUCCAAACCAGUCCCCACCCCAGACCCACGACUGGCCCAGGACAAGCCUUCUGCAAACACUUCAGGCUGUUGUGAAACAGCAAAUAAAGACGUGGUGGUGGUUU